CUCUCUCCAUCUCCCCCCUCUCCUGCCUCUCUACCCCUCUCGGCCUGUCGCGUCUCUUCCCCGACCGGGCGAUCCAGCGAGCGAGAGAGAAAGCAGCAGCCGCGCGGGAGGAGCUCUGCUCGUCGACGCCGCCCACCAUGGGGUUCUGGGUGACCACGGUCAUCUUCCUCCUCGCCGGCGUCGUCGCCUCCCUCUUCACGCUCCUCUGCUGCAACCGCGGGCCAUCCACCAACCUAUUCCAUUUGACCUUGGUGACUACGGCUGUAAUUUGUUGUUGGAUGAUGUAUGCCAUUGUUUACCUUGCUCAGAUGAAGCCUUUGAUCAACCCCAUCCGGAGCGGGGAGUGAGCUUUCUGUUGAAAAUAAUUAAAUCCAACAUGCUGUACCAUUAUUCAGUCUGUGAACCUUUUAUUCAUUUUGGCCACCCUGAAAUAAAGAAACUGCCAUGAGAUUUUUGCUACUCUACCUCCAGGCUGUUGAGGAGGCACGCUGUGAUUAGUGUACCCAAUUGUAUGAUAAACGCAAUAAUAAUAUUUAUGGUGUUUUUAUCUGAAUGUCUGGGCAUCGAUCGUCCAACUA